AUAGAAAAAAUAUGUAGUUUCACAAACUGUGUUUAGACUUUCCAUUGUUAGUGAUCACAGUCACAUGACAACCCUUUUUUCUUGAAGAUUCCUCCUAAUGAAUUUUACCAGCAAAUUGAAAUUGAUGCUUGAGCAAAACAUAACCGAGAACACAAUACGAUUUUCCUCGGGGGUGUUUUUUCUUUCUGAUUCACACUUACAGUACAUACGAAAGGCCAGUGUCGCUCAUUAUUUAGGCUGGUGUAGGUGUGUUGUGGGGGGAGCGGGGCAGGGAAACCCCGCCGGUGCCCCGUCCCUCUUCCUUCCCAUACACCCUCAAAACAGGAAGCAAAGCCGUUCUGAAACAAUAGGGGUCCAGAGACAAAAGCAUACGCUGUAUCAAAACCUCCAGCAGCUAGAAGCAUGUGGUAAAGAGAGCUUAAAAGCGCAGACUGUUACACAGACAUGGACAGAGGUCAAGAGACAGAGAACGACAAGGAAAAAACAGCCUGUAAUGUCACCAUCCACAAUCGCUGCAGGGACACGUUACCAAACUGUGUCAAAAUGAAACAAAAGCAACAGAAACUGGCGCUGAUGAGGAACAAUUCGGCCUAUCAGAACGUGACACUGAGGAACAAAUCAAAUUUAAAAGAAAGACCCAGUUCGGCCAUCUACCCUUCAGACAGUCUUCGCCAAUCACUGCUGGGCUCUCGUCGAGGGCGAUCUUCUCUCUUACUUUCCAAAAGCGUCUCCACUAAUAACAUUGCCGGGACUCUGAAUGAUGACUCUCCUCUGGGACUGCGCAGGAUUUUGUCUCAAUCCACAGACUCCCUCAACUUCAGGAGCAGAACCAUGUCAAUGGAAUCACUCAACGAUGAGGGAGAAGGAUACUUCACCUCUCUGUUGGAAGAGAUGGAGUGCGAGGGGUGGGAAUUUGAGGCAGAUUCCUGGAGCAUGGCUGUAGACUCCGCCUACCUGCAGACGCACCGUAAAGACGUUAUCAAGAGACAGGACGUCAUUUACGAGCUGAUCCAGACGGAGAUCCACCACGUCCGGACGCUUCGGAUCAUGGAUGGGGUGUUCAGACGGGGCAUGCUGGAUGAGGUUCAGUUGGAGCCAGGGGUCGUGCAUGCGCUCUUCCCCUGUCUGGAGAGACUGCUGGCGCUGCACACGCACUUUCUAACACAGCUCCUCGCUCGACGCGCCCACAGCCUGCAACCUGACAGUACAAACAAUUUCACCAUUAAUCAGAUCAGUGAUGUGCUCAUGAAGCAGUUCUCAGGUCAAUCUGCCGAAGAAAUCCUGAAGGUCUACGCCGAAUUCUGCAGUCGUCACACGAAGGCCGUCAAACUCUACAAAGAGAUUCUGGCUAGGGACAAGAGACUCCAGCUCUUCAUACGGAGGGUGGGCCGGGGGCCUCUGCUCCGGCGUCACGGAUUCCAAGAGUGCAUCCUGCUGGUUACCCAACGCAUCACGAAAUACCCCGUCCUGUUCCAGCGUAUCUAUGAAAACACCAAAGACAAUCCCGAGGAAGCUGCAGGCCUCUCUCAGACGCUUUUUCACAUACGUGAGCUGCUCAGCUCUGUGGAUCAUCAGGUGAUGGAGCUGGACAGAACACAUCGGUUACAGGAGAUCCGUUCCAAGGUCGACCCUCGUGCCGAAGCCAAACUCCGCUCCGGGGCUUUGUUCAGACCGGCCGAACUGCUCCGCAGGCAGCUGAUCCACGAGGGCACGCUGCUCUGGAAAACCCCCGGCUCUCGACUCAAAGAUGUUCAGGUUCUGCUGAUGACUGACAUUCUAGUUUUCUUGCAAGAGAAAGAUCAAAGGUUGUUCUUUGCCAGUUUAGAUAAGUCAGCUGUAGUCUCCUUACAAAAUCUAUUGGUCCGAGACAUAGCCAAUCAGGAGCGAGGUUUGUUCCUGAUCAGCAGCGAGUCCAGCCCACCUGAGAUGUACGAGCUGUACGCCGCAUCUAAAGAUGAUCGAAACACCUGGAUGCGGUUUAUACAGCAAACCAUCAGCAUCUGUCCGUCAAGAGAAGAGUUCCCGUUAAUAGAAACAGAAGACAAGGCCCUUCUGCGAAGACUGAAAGCUGAUAUCCAGCAGAAGGACAGGGAGGUUUUAGAGCUUCUUCAGGAGCGGGUGACCCUGUUUUCAGACAUGGCAGAGGUCAUGGGAGGUUACGAGGUCACAUUGCAGCACUGUUCCAGGAACCUCUUUAGAGCAGAGUCUUCGCAAGCCCCUCGCGGAGAACAGCUGCUCACUCAGGCCAUAACCGAAGUGGACAGGUUGACAGACCUGCUGUUAGGAUCCGGUUUUGAGGUUCCUCUGCCCUGCAGUUCCAACGGUCACCACAGCGGAGCGCUUGUUAUCAAUGGACAAGAGGUGUUGGUCAAUGGCUCUCAGGAGAACCAGUCUGCUCAGGAUGGGAACGGGAAUCAAAUGGCCGACAAAACACCCAGUGAGGAAGUAUCACAGAGGAUGGUUAAUCUCAGUGCACAGCUACACGCUCUGCAGGGUGUGGUGAUACGACAGGACUCCAUCUUAGAGCUGUGCCUACGGGAGAGCCCUGUGUCUCCAGCCACCACAGGAGGGCGAACGGUUCGCUCCCUGUCCCGGGAUGGAGGUGACGUGGGUGAGCUCACCCUGUUGCAACGGCAGCACAGUCUUCUGCAGGAGGAACUUGUACGCCUCAGGGGAGCCGAAGGCAAACUCAGGGACAGCGAGAGAGCAAGAGGUCAACUCGAGAAACAACUCAAGGAUCUUAAGAACAAUAGCGCCACUCCGGUGGAAGGUGCUGGAACUAGAGGCUCACAGGCUCCAUCAGCUCAUAGAGAGAGUGAUACCGACCCCAACACUUACACGCCAUUGGCAAGUCAGGAAUCAAUGGACCAAUCGGACGGCUUGCAAGAAUGCAGUGAUGUGGAAGUGGAUGUGAUAUCUGAUGAUGAUGACGACGACGAAGUGGAUUCGAGAGUGUCACCUCGUUCAGAUAGUCCUAGAGAUUUACAAGACAUUCCUGAGGAAAGCGAGACCCCAGCAGAUCCCCGGGGACCCUGCGUCUCACACUGCUAAUAUUUUUCAUUUCUCAAUAAGACUGGCCUGUUGUCUAAAGGAACGGACUCUAAACUGAGCAAAUCUUCCUCCUUACAAGAGAAAAUACAUCAUAUUUAGUUUAUAAAACUAAUCAUUUCAUUAUACACGUACAGUAUUUAGUUUUAUUCUGUAGUAUCGCUUACAGCUUCUGUGUGGAUGUUUAUGGCAUGUUAAUUUUCAACAUGCCUUCUCUUUGCAAUCCAAUCACAUGGCUUUUGAAAUCUAUGGACCUGUGAGGUUAUGCCAAAGCGCCGUGAUUUGGAGAUCAUGCACAUAAUGGGACUUUGCACUUGAUAGCAGAAUAAAACGGUUGUCUUACAACUCUUAAAGUAUCUAGAUCAACCAAACGUAACUGUUUUAGGACCCAGCUCUCCAGGGAACCAUUCAGAAUUUAUACGUACUGUAUGUGACACUUGUGUGCUUCGAAUCGAUGUUUUUACACUGAACAUCGGUAUAGAUUUAUAUAUGUACAUAUAUAUGCACAGUAAAAAUAAUUGUUGUUUUUUUGUUGUUUCAACUAAAAAAAAGUUACCUGGUUACUUUAAAUAAUAAUGAAAAAAUUCUAGUUAAUUCAACUUAAACAUAUUAGUAAAUCAAUGAAUGUGAUGCAAGCUGGUUGUGUUGACAAAUAUUUUAAAGUUGAAUUAGCUCAAAAAUGUUAAGGCAACCAUGUAACAUUUUUUUUACUUUUUUUAAGUCCAUUUUUACAGUGUGCUUGAGCACGCAACCGCAGAAUAGAUUUUUUUUCUAUGUAAGUAAAACUUUUAGUUUGUGAGAGGUCAUUGUGAGGAAAUGUUAUUUUCUUGUGUCGUGCUUUAUUUUAUAUGUAUUUAUUUUCCUUUAUAUUGGAUGGAGACAUUCUUUGAGAGUUUAACAGAAAGAAGCCAUAACUUGAAUAGUAACGUUUAUCCUAAGACCAAAUCAACUGGCCGUCUACUCCGAAUAUGGACAUUUUUUAUGACAAUGUGAGAACAGUUUUUCACAGAACUGAGGGCUCUUUUAUGAUGGAGUUAUAUUGCAACUGAAAGCAAUAUAUAGAAAUAUAUUUGCAUCUACAGCAAAGAACUUAUUUAACCCUGGAAGGUUUUUUUGCAAGCCACAGUGUGUGUUAAUGGAGAACACUUUGUAAAUAUGUGAUGAUAUAUUGACUGAAUUGUAUCACAUCCCAAAAUUCUGUGUCUUACUACGAUUUUGUUGAUUCUUUCGUUUGGUUUUGAAUGUUAUCGCAAUUACUUGACUUUGUGACAAAAUUGCUCGACUGAAUAUUGCUACAAUAUUUUAUGCUUUUGUUUAGGCAGUUCAUUUCAGGAGACAAAAUCAUCAAAGAUAUUAUUGUAGGAUAAUAAGUAGAACAAAACAUAGGAUUUAUCACAUCAGAAUGUUUGUAUGGAAAUGACAGAGAUUUACAAAGUGGAUAUAGAAUGUUGUUAUGAGUUUGAGAAUUAAAAGUGUUCAUAUACAA